AAAAAAAAUGCUAAAACCUAAAAGUCAAUAUGGUCGUUCAUUAGAUAAGUCAUUUAUCGGUAAAAGAGAUGUAAAGAAAUCCACAAAAUAUUCUUUCGAUUUAAAGUGAUAAUAGGAAAUAAUAGUGUAGUAUUAAGGGAGAUUUAGAAAAAAUACAUGCCUGACAGUUGACUAGAAGAAAAUCGUGAAAAAAAAUGUUGCUAACAGAGACGACGUAGAUAUAGCUCAAAAAAAAAAAAAAAUCAUAAUAAAAUUGUGUUCGUUUUUUGAGACCCCCAAAAAAAAUUAAGUCACAAUAAAUUUGUUACAUUCAUGUGUUAAAUGUUGAAUUUGACACUUGAUAAAAACGAUAUCUCGUCAUCAUCACAAUCAUCAUCAUUUAUUCCCUCAUCGUCGACUUUAUUUUCUUCGCCCAUAUCUACGUUUCUCGUUAAAGUCAACAUUAUGUCAGGAGAUCAUCAAUCUGUCAUUAAAUAUCCAUCCGAAUAUGUCAAACUUAAUAUUGGCGGAUCUUUGCAUUACACUACCAUUGGCACACUCAGAAAACAUGAUACAAUGUUACGUGCAAUGUUCAGUGGUCGAAUGGAAGUUUUAACCGAUUCAGAAGGUUGGAUAUUAAUUGAUCGUUGUGGAAAACAUUUUGGCACAAUUUUAAACUUUCUAAGGGAUGGUUCAGUGCCUUUACCAGAAAGUGCAAAGGAAAUGGCAGAACUUUUAGCUGAGGCCAAGUAUUAUUGUAUAAGCGAACUGGCGGAAUCUUGUGAACAGGCGCUCCAAAAAAAGGAGCGUGAAACAGAGCCAAUAUGUCGUGUCCCUUUAAUAACAUCUCAACGGGAGGAACAAUUGCUUAUUAGUAAUACCACAAAACCUGUGGUUAAAUUACUUGUAAAUAGACACAAUAAUAAAUAUUCAUAUACAAGUACAUCGGAUGAUAAUUUAUUGAAAAAUAUAGAACUCUUUGACAAGAUGAGUCUUCGAUUUAGUGGUCGAGUUCUAUUCAUAAAAGACGUGAUUGGUUCAAGUGAAAUUUGUUGCUGGACAUUUUACGGCCAUGGACGUAAAGUUGCUGAAGUUUGUUGCCAUUCUAUCGUCUAUGCGACUGAUAAGAAACAUACGAAGGUCGAGUUUCCAGAGGCGCGAAUAUACGAGGAAACAUUAAAUAUUUUGCUCUAUGAGCAUCGUAAUGGACCUGAUCAAGAAUUAAUGCAAGCGACAUCGUCGAGGGGAGCAGUGCAAGGUGGUGCACCACCAUGUACAUCCGAUGAAGAAGAAGGCGAACGUACUGGUCUCGCACGACUUCGUUCAAAUAAACAAAAUACCAACUGACCCAUCCGCACAUUUCUUCCCCCAUCUCAAUUAGCAAUUCGUACUGGUUGGGGCGUUGUUCGCACAUUAAAAACACGUGCCAAUCUAAAAUAAAAAUUCGGCAAAUUUUGCCAAUUUCUUAUUUUCACGCGUGGAAAAAGUAAUCUCCACUUUUUUCUCCAAAAAGAAGGGGGGGAAAAAAAAAUUAUGCGAAUAGACUGCAAUUUUUCUGAUGACAAAAAGAAAUUGAAAAAAUAAUAUUUCGCAAGAAAAAAAAAAAUUUUUUUAAUGGCAAAAAAAAAAAACGAAAAAGGAAAGAGCACCAAAGAAAAUAAAAUCAGAUUUUUUUUUUUUCAUUAAAUAAAAAAGAGUCAGGAUAAAUUUCUAGAUUUAUACACAUACAAAUACACACACACAAGAUUACCAAAGGCGUUGAAUGGAAAUUGAAUUGUGAAUUUCGAAAAGAGCUGAACUCGAAAAAGCGUAAGUGUUAUUUUUGCAUAACAAUAGAUAGUGAAAAUGACUCUUACGGUUUUUAGAGUUGAGCCUUUUUCAAAAUUCACGAUUCAAUUUUUUGAGAGAAUAUUAAUUUUUUUUUUGGGCCGAUAAUAGAGAAUUUGAAUUUUUUAUUCAGUUUUUUUUCAGUAAGAUGAAUAGUU